UGACGGUUGGGGUAAUGGCGGCGGCGGUGUUUGACGGUCGGUGACGGGAGUUCGGGGCUUUCGGGGGGGAAACAAGACCACCCGCCCCCCUGUUCCCCCUCCGACGAGCAUCUCCCAGCAGUCAGUGUUUGAAGACUGCUGGAAAACCAUGACAUUUGUCAGUACUUUGGUUUCUCUGAUGUCUGAGCCUGGUUUCCUUUCAUAAUGCAUCACGCUUUGGAACAUGCGUUGGACCGUGCAGAGUACAUUAUUGGAUGUGCUCGUCAGCGACCACCUAAAAGGAGGCAUUCAUCUAGUGGAAGGAAAUCUGUACAUCAGAAACUGUAUGACAUAUAUGUGGAAGAAUGUGAAAAAGAACCAGAACUAAAGAAAUUGAGGCGAAAUGUCAAUCUGUUAGAAAAGCUGGUUAUGCAGGAGAGAGUAUCAUGUCUGGUGGUAAACCUGUAUCCUGGAAAUGAAGGGUACUCUAUGAUGCUCAGGGGGAAAAACGGAUCAGAUUCUGAAACAAUCCGUCUGCCUUAUGAGGAGGGAGAAUUGCUGGAGUUCUUAGAUGCAGAAGAGUUGCCACCAGUUCUUGUAGAUCUUUUAGAAAAAUCUCAGGUCAAUAUAUUUCAUUGUGGGUGCGUUAUUGCUGAAGUGCGAGAUUUUCGUCAGUCUAGUCAUUUGAAAGCUCCUACGUACCAGAGUCGGCAUAUACUACUUCGACCCACGAUGCAGACUCUGAUUUGUGAUGUCCAUGCAAUAACAAGUGACAACCACAAAUGGACGCAGGAUGAUAAACUUGUCCUUGAAAGCCAGUUGGUGCUUCAUACUGCAGAGCCCCUUUGUCUGGAUCCUUCCAUCACUGUAACCUGUACAACAAACAGACUUCUUUAUAAUAAACAGAAGAUGAACACAAAGCCGAUGAAAAGGUGUAUGAAGCGGUAUUCUCGGCCAGCAUUGAAUAGGCAGCAGGAAAUAACCCAGUUCACAGCACCGUCUCAUUUUAAACUAUUUGACUACCUUCAGAAGAGAAAGGACCGGAAGCCUGUGCCAACCACCAUUGAUCUUAAAAUCUCCAGAACUGGAAAUUGUGUUGAUAUGUGGAAGCAGAACCCUUGCCAGCUCUCUGUACCAUCAGAAAUCGAUGUGGAAAAGUACGCGAAGGUGGAAAAACCGAGCAAAUCUGAUGACUUGCAAGCAGCUGUCUGGCCAGCGCAUGAAGCAAAUUAUGAAUACGUAUUUGAAUGGGAAGGGGCAGAUCAAGUUCAUGCCUCUAAACUGACUGUUUACCAGUCGUCAGAUGACCCACUCUUCUAUGGUAAGAUACACAUGACGAAGGAUCCCAUACCAGAGGAAGAAAAUGAACCCUUGGUAACUCAAGUACCGUUCCCUAUAGGUACAAAGGCAGAAGCUGACAGGUUUGUAAAGCAGUACAUUGAAGUUUUGCAGCAGGAUACCAAGUGUCCAGUGAAGAUUUCUCAUAACUCAGCCGGCUCAGUGAGCCACAGUCAGUUAUCUCCAGGGAAAGAAAUUGAGCAGCAGUCAGAAGGCAUUUCUGGCUCUAUCCAAUCUUCUGUCCUGGGGAAAGGUGUGAAACACCGACCUCCACCCAUUAAGCUCCCUAGUGGCUCAAGUAACAGUUCUUCAGGAAAUGUCUUUAGUCCACUGCAAUCAAGUAUCUAUUUGAAAUCCACGACUCCUCCACCUUCUAAAAGUGGCAGUCUGUCCAGAAAACAUUCUAUGGAUCUAAAUCAAGGGAGCAUGCUCUCACCACCUGCCAUGUCUCCAAUUGGGUCAUCACAAAGAUCUGGGACACCCAAGCCAUCUACCCCGACACCAACCAACACCCCUUCAUCAACUCCACACCCUUCUGAUGUCCAAACCCCAACAUCUACCCCCUCAGCUACCCCAACUCCUCAGGAAUCAGGUCUCAAUCCACAGAGUCUCUUAACCCCUUUUGCCCAACAGCAGAUGGCUCUCAGUCAGGCCCUACCAGUAAUGACCAUUCCUCUUUCCACCAUGGUGACCUCCAUGACAACAGGGAGUUCAUCCACCCAGGUGAUGGCAAACCCGGCGGGCCUUAACUUCAUCAAUGUAGUGGGCUCUGUUUGCGGAGCCCCAACGUUGAUGAGUGGAUCAAACCCCAUGCUGGGGAAUAAUGCUGGUGCCAUAACCCCCACAGGGCUAAAUCUAAGCAGCAUUAUACCACCAGCAGGACUGGUGCCAAGCCCCCUGCCAGCUGCCAUGCAGUCUGCGUCCCAGGCAGGAGGAUCAUUUGUUGGCUUGAAAAAUGCCCCUGGUUUCGGACCCCUGAAUCUACUACAGUUGUCGAAUGGCCCACCAGUGAUCUUCAAUUCACUUCAGCAGCAACCAGUCCCCCAGUUUUCCCAGCAACAGUCUUCCCAGCAGCCUGCAGCUUCCAGCCCUCAGCAGCAGGGAGAACAGAACACUGACCAGGCUCCAACUAGCCAGGAGCAGGCUUUGGCAGCUCAGCAGACUGCAGUCAUCAACCUAGCAGCAGCUUUUGUCCCUCCGCAGGCUGCAGUGUUGUCUCAGCUUGGCUCUGCUGUGAACAGACCUGGGCAAAGCCUUCCUCAGCAGAGACUCCAGCUCACAUCUGCCUUGCAGCAGCAACAGCAACAAGCCUUGCAGCAGCAGCAACAGAUACAACAGUUACGAUUCUUGCAGCAGCAAAUGGCUAUGGCGGCAGCAGCACAAGCAGUUCAGCUUCGCCAACAGCAGCAUUCAGGCAGCCAGUCAAAAAAUAAAAGAAAAAGAGGAACCCCAACUCCACCAAAAUCAUGAAGCAACCGUUCUCUAUUUAACUUUAAAACGCCCAUUUGUUAGAAUGAUAAGACGUUUCCCUUUGAAUAUGUGCUUUCUUGGUGAAUUGAUCAUCCCUUUCUUUUAAAAGACAAAACACUGAUAAUAACCCAACAAUUGUACAUAGUGCAAAUUGUGUUAUUGAUUUUACUUUUUAAAAACAUCAUUAUGUGUGAAGUUUUUUUAAAAAAGUAUUUAUUGGAUUUUUUUUAAAAAAUCAUGUAAACUGAAUUAUUUGUACAAUGAAGCUUUUUUGGGCGCCUCUUGUUUUCCGUCUGUCGAGGGAGUCACACUCUUCAUCACUUCAGAGAGCAGCUUAUAGACUUCUCUGUGUCUCGUUUGAGCACGAACAAUGCAGUCUUGGAGUUUUUCACCCGAGGCACCACUUCCUCCUACACACACACAGGAAAAGUCGAAUCAGCUGCACAAUUUGAACAUUGGAGUAAUAUGGAAAAUAUCCCCCAAAAAACAAAAAAUUAGGUAUAUGUCGUUAGAAAAGUUGGAUUAAAUAUUUGAACUAGGCAUUAGCGGUCUGUGCUUAAGUGCAAUUUUUUCAAUAAAUGGCUCAGAUAGUUUUGAAUGUUUUCUAAACUUGACUCAUGACCUUUUUUAAAAAAAACUUUAACCAUUACAAGAACUAAACAAACCCUUGUACAGAUGAUUUAACCAGUGAAGAAAAUAGAUUGUCUGAAUUCAAAGUUAUACAAUGUAACUGGAUUAAUAAAAAAAUGUUCCAUGAACUUUUGCUAUA